AAACGUCAAUGUCAAUCUAUCGUCAAUAAACAAAUGGAUGGUUUCAUUUUUCAUUCUUUCCUUUAAUUUUCAUAAUAAUUUAAUUAAAAAUCGCAUUUAUAAAAGCAUGUGAUUGAAUAAUUUUAAAAUGGCCGAAAACGUCGAAACGGAAGCAAAGAUUAAGAGGUUUGACAUGAGAACUAUUGCGAAAUAUAGCCUUACAGGUUUUAUCGCUUUGUUUUUAGGUUUCCUACACCACAAAUAUGUAUCAAAUUUGUUUGAAAAUGAUAGAAACUUCUCUUAUCUGUCCGAUCUUGAAAGGGAAAUGUCUUUACGUACAGAAAUGGGCUUCUAUUACUCAUAUUACAAAACUGUUGUGGAAGAAAUACCGUAUAUCGCUGGGAUAUCGAAGAUUAUGUAUGAUAAGUUAGUUGAAUACCCGAAUGAAGUCAAUGCAUUUAAUAGAUUUAAUAUUUUCCCUGAGGUACUUAUUGGUACGAUAUAUCGAUAUUUCGAACCAUCAUUAAACUCAUCUCACAGAGAAUGUCAUAUGGUUGAACGGGACUCAGGAAUGGAGCCAGUGGAGAGUUGUGUUGGUCUCGGGGUGCCUAUUAUGUUCUACUUAGAAGCUGUCUGGUGGAUGGCAGGGCUCACUGUAUCUGUACUCUUCUUGCAUGCGGUGACUCUUAGUGGUAACAUCUUAGGUGGUCUUCUAGCGAUUGUUCAAUACUUUGCUAAUCACACGGAAUGCACGCGAGUACAGUGGGCACCAAAUGAACGGGAGAACUUCGCAUUACCAAUACUUUUACUGCAAGGUUGGCUACUGACUGUGCAGUUAAGGGAUAAGACAAGGAAAUAUGGGUUACGGUUACAGAUCGCGAUUUUUCUUUGCAACUGCCUUUGUUUAUUAUUCUGGCAAUUCAGUCAAUUUAUAUUCUUUGCUCAGUUAGGUAUUUAUUUCUUGAUGGAACAAUUUUAUAUUAUUGAAACGAAAGUCCUUUCUAUAUUUCUUCAUUCGCACUUCUGUGGUCUGCAUAUGGCUAUCCUUUUCUUACAAGGCAAUGAUAUGCUGAAAUCUUCUAUGUACACUUCUAGUUUUGUCGUAAUCUUUGUUUAUUGUCUUUUCUUCAGCUCUAUGAGAAUUUCUAUUAAAAAUACAACCGAUAUUAUAUUGGAAUCCCAUUUGAUUGUAUUCAGAUUCAUCUGUGUAGGUUUCGCUACGAUUUAUUUGAAAAUUUUCAUCGGUAAUUUCUUAGAAGUCGAAGACGAUUCUCACAUCUGGGAUAUGCUUUUCUCGAAAUUUUCAACCGAAUAUAGAAAUUUUCAUACGUUAAUUUAUACAUGUACUGAUGUAUUCGAUUUCCUACCUUUUAGUUCUAUCGAGAAUAUGUUUAAUACUUUUUUAAUACCUUUUAUUAUCGUAAUUAUUUGCAAUAUUGUAAAAAAAACUUACGAUAAUGCGGUAAUACAGAGAGAUAUUGAGAAUCAUAAAGACUCUAAUAAAGAUAGCGAAGACAAAAGUGAAAAAACAGACAGCAAUAAGGGUGUUUUAGAUAUAUUAAUCUAUGUGAAAUUAGACCCGGCGUUGUUUUAUAAUUUCUCACUAAUGAUGCUUUAUUGGGUUUUCGCGUUGUUUGUGAUGAGACUGAAAUUGUUGUUGGCAACACAGAUGUGUCUUCUAUCAUCGUUGAUGGUCACAAAGAAGUAUUAUAGGUUCCCAAAGAGGAUAAUGGACCGUUUGCCUGUGAUUUGGUUGAUUCUACUCUUACCCAUUGGUAGGCAGCUUGUAAAUAACGUGACACGAGAAUCAGCUCAUAUUGGUGAGUUUAGUGACUACCCACAAGAGGAGAUGUUAAAAUGGAUAUCAAGUGACGCUGGCGCAGGUGCGUUUGCUGGCUCAAUGCCGGUAUUGGCCACUGUCAUGCUGGCUACAAGGAAACCGAUAGUCGCACACCCACAUUAUGAAAAUGUAGGGGCCAGAAAACGUGCAUACUCUGUAUAUAAAGUGUACGGAAGGUUUUCGAGCGAAGAAUUAUAUGAGGAUUUAAAGAAAUUGAAAGCAACAUAUCUUAUAGUUGAAUCUAAAUACUGCUAUGGGAGAAGCAACAAGGGCUGUUCUUUCGCUGAUAUCUGGGAUAUAGAAGAGCCAGCACUAUCUCGUCUCCCACAACUUUGUAAUACUCUCCUAACAGAUAGCGCGGAACAUUUCUACCCAGUAUUUAGAAAUCAACAGUACGCUGUAUUCCUUGUACAUGAUUAUAGUGUUAGAUACAUGCCGAGAACAUUUUCCACUUGAAGUUUAUCAAAA